AUUUUUUUUUUUUUUUUUAAAUCUUCUCCAAGGGAAGGCACUCUCCCGCUUUAACGGUAACUUCACACACACAUGAGGAACGUAGAUGCAACGCAAAUUUCACGGAUUGCAAAUCUUAUUUCGGAAAAGAUCAAGUUCUUACUCAGCCAAGAAACAUGCCAUCAACAUAUAGAUUUUCCGAGGUUCCAGUGGUGGACGUCAAUUCCAGCAACAUUAAGGAAAUUUGGCCAUCCCUCGUUCUUGCAAUAAAAACUGCCACAUACGUUGCUCUAGAUACGGAACUUAGCGGACUUGGAAACAGGAAACGUUUGUGUGCUAAGUCUUUGCCAGAUCGGUACACCAAUGUUCGAGAAAUUGCCCAGACAAGGUCCAUUCUUUCUCUUGGCCUUUCUUGCUUCAAACUGUGUAAUGUUUCAUCCAGUGCCUCUUUGACAACAACAGACAUCUCCACAGAGCCUUCACCAGUCGAUAAUAGUUAUGACAUUGCUACUAAUGGCAUGGUGAAAAUCAAGCAAUGGACUUACAGUGUACAGACAUUUAAUGUGGUAUUGCUGUGCUCAGAAGAUUAUAUGGUGGAACCUGCAGCUCUUAAAUUUCUCAUAGAGCAUGGAUUUGACUUCAAUAAGCAGUAUUCCAGUGGUGUUUCCUAUUACCGUGGAAAAGAGAAGGGGGAAAAAGAAAGCAAUGCGGCUGCCAGCACAGCAGGCCCUACUGCUCGAAAGCUUUUUGAAGUUCUUCUUUGGAGUGAGGUACCAAUAGUGUUUCACAAUGGUUUUGUGGAUUUGGUGUUUCUGUAUCAGAAUCUGUACACCGAUCUUCCAGCUUCUUUACAGAUAUUUCUGGCAGACCUGUCUGAGAUGUUUCCUGGAGGGAUAUUGGACACUAAAUACAUUGUGGAGUUUGUGGACAGGUUACCUGCUACAUACCUAGAGUAUGUCUUCCGAAAAUGGCAAAGGAUAAAUGCUCUGCAGUCUGGCAUUGAGCACAGAAGAGUCUGCCUGGAAUUUAGCAAGCAUUCUUCUUACCAUGCGAGUGUUACGUACAGCCACUGUGACCUGCCUGCUACUGCUGUGGAGAUGGAUUAUAUACCAAAUGCUAAAAUUUUGCAAGAGCUUGUUUGCCAGAAUUUUGCAGGACAUGGAUGGUGUUCCAAAGGAAAGAAAUGCCCAAAGUCUCACGCAAUAGAUCUUAUCCUAGACCUUGAUGGCAUCAAGACAGCCAAAAAUCGGCAGCGUCGAAGAAAAUUAGCAGCCCUCAAAGAGCAGAGUGGAGAUAGAACAUCUAAUGGAAUGGACUGCAAAAAAUUUGUGGACGAAGAAAUAGCAACAUUACACAACAGUGAAGAAAUCUUAAAAUCUGACAGUUAUACAAAACUUGUGAAUUGCAGUCUAUCCAUGUCUGAUGAUGUGAUGGAAGAUGGCAACUCUGAUGAAGUCAAAAUAAGUAACAGGUCACAAUACAAUGAUAAUAUAGAUUCUAUCAUGAAUGCAUACCUUGAAACAUCUUUUAAGCUUGACGAGAGUCGAAGCGGUUGCCACAGGGCAGGUUUUGAUGCAUUUAUGACAGGGUUUGUUAUGGCAUGUUUGUUGAACAAACACACAUCUGUUCAAGAGGCACAAGAUUUUAGUUUUGGUGCUGGUCUGAAGCUGAAUGAUUUAGAUGGAGUUGAGAAAUUGAGAAACAAAGUUUAUGCUACAGGAAAAGAUCAGCCACUCCUUGUGUCAAAGAGUGCAUUUACAUCAGCAUCAAAAAACCACAAAGAAAGACUCCUUCAAGUGCGAGGGUCUUGUUAAAGAAGACGUGUGAUCAGUUUCGAAUAUUCGUCAUUCAGUGACUAUUGUUAUCUAUCAAUUCUGUCAACAGAUAUUCAGAGAAAGCAAAUACAAAAAGCAUCUCGCCUGUACCUCCUGCAUGAAGCAGGAGAAUUUCAUAGACCAUUGUUAGUCGAUUUUUAUUUAGUGGUUAGAUUGUGCACUACUUUAGCUAAGAAUUUUAACUACAGCCAGCAGUGAUAGCAUUCUUUCACAGUGAGGGUCUUCUAAUAGCUACACAAUGUUAGCUUCAUUGACAUGAAUAAGGAACAACUGAAAUCAAAGAGUCUGACAAAGUUUCUGCUCUUACCAAAGUAAUAAUUUUAGAUGAUGGGUUAGCAGAAUGUGUUGGCCUGCUUAAUGCAUGAGAGUCCAAGAUGGCGUGAUUUGAAGGAAUAAAACUCAAUUCAUUUGAUCGAUAGAUGUUCAGUAGCUUGCUUACAUAUGAACAACAUAUUAAAAAUGCACAAUUAGCAUUAAUUUAAUAAUUGCAACUAGUUUAAUAUUCUCUUAAUGCUAGGAAAAUUGUUAACCGUAAUUGUGUGUGAAGCGGCAGGACUGGUCGUAAAACAGGUGAGGAAACUAUGGUCCAUAGACAUCUUUAGACUGGCCUGUCUUUUAUUAUCACUAGGUUUGUUAUGUAGUCAAGCGAUGCAAGUUUUGGGUAUUUAACCAGCCCACCAUAGCUUAGAAUUUAGAGACUGAUCCACAAGAAGAAAACUGCCCACCACCCUUGUAAAAGAUGUAAUAAAAGUACUUUUUCUUUA